UUCACAGAUAACAUACGGCAACAUCGAGUUUAGGCGAAAUGUAGUUUAUCCGUGAUGUGAAGCUUAACGGUAGUUUUGUUGCAGUGGGGUUAUUGUCAGAUCAAAUAUAUUUGAGUGCAUUAUAUGAAUGUAAAUUAUCUGAAGAAUAUACGACUGCAUCUAAGGAUUUGUUUUCGGUAUGCACUUUGAUGAGGAUUUUGCUUUAGCUGCACAUUUACAAAACCAAUUUCUCGACGGACUAAAUGUUAAUGACUUAAAACUAACGUCUGUGAUAAAUUCACAUACAUACAAGGCACAGGAUGUCAAAAACAAAUAUAAUGACAGCAAGAAGAAGUCUCAUAAAGAAGCUUCCAUUGUAGAUUCAUCAUGGGAAUAUAUCGAUCCAACACCAGACAUACAUGCUCUGUUUAUUCAGUUCGACAACCGGUUCUUCUGGGGGAAGUUGAGGAGUGUGGAAGUGAGAUGGAGUCGACGAAUGACUUCAUGUGCUGGGGUGUGCUGCUAUGAGGGUCGGGGUGGUCUGUGCUCUGUUCGGCUCAGCUUUCCUUUGCUGAAACUGCGUCCCAGAAAGGACCUUGUUGAAACAUUGCUGCAUGAGAUGAUACACGCGUAUCUGUUUGUGACUUGCAACAAUCGUGACCGUGAAGGCCACGGACCUGAAUUUCAUAAGCAAAUGUAUAGAAUCAACAAGGAGGCAGGUACCAAUAUUACUGUUUACCACAGCUUCCAUGAAGAAGUGAAACUAUAUAAGCAACACUGGUGGCGUUGUGAUGGGCCGUGCCAAAAUAGACCGCCUUUCUUUGGCAUGGUGAAGCGUGCAAUGAACCGUCCGCCUGGACCCACUGAUUUAUGGUGGGAGGAGCACCAAGCGAAGUGUGGGGGACGUCACGUCAAGAUUCGCGAGCCUCCGGGAUUUUCCGAGAAGAAAGCCAAGCAAGCCGGCAAGAAGGUUGUUUCGGCAUCGACCGGAAGCAAAGUUGAUAUUCGAAACUUCUUUCCAUCCCACGGAAACAGAAGAAUACUCGGAAACACGACAAAUAAUGGAAGUGUAACAAACAAGACAUUAAGCAAAACUAAAAACAAACCUCAAUCUUCGUUGCUUUCUAGUUCCACCAAUAAUAUUACAGGUUUCAAGGAUUUGUUCGAUAAAAACGUGAGCGGCGGUCAAUCUCAUGACAGACCGAGAACGAAUGACUCUGUUGUUGCAAACAAACAAAAUGGUGGUUUGUUGCCGAGAGGUAGCCCGAAUAACGUGCCCUUUGACGAUAAGGCCCACUCUACUUUUUCUUCUAAAUGUAAAGACAGUGUAAGAACAAGUACGUCCGGAGGAAUGUUGGCCAAUAAGGGUGGAGGUACAUUAGUGAUUACCGCUCAAGGCAGAAAUAAGGGUGCCUCAUAUGGAAAUUUAAAUAGUGGGAAAAAGGUUAUAAAUAACAUUGUACCUUUCACUGGAAAAGGGUAUACGUUAAAUGCAGGAAGUGAGACUCAUGGAAAGUCUGCAACAUUUAUGCCAAAUUUGAUGAAAAACUUUGUUUUAUCAGAAGAUUCAGGUAAUGGUUUAGGUAACAGGACGAUGCUUACUGGGGUUACGGCCAACAAACGGAACGGUUCUGCUAUUAAAGAUGAAGGAAGUAAGAAAAUUAAAGGUGCGUCACUUUCGGGCGUAACCUCAAAAUCGGAUACCGAUGAUAACGCGGUGCAAUGCCCGGUCUGCAACUCGGAGGUUAGAGAACUUGACGUAAAUACUCACUUAGACUCUUGUCUCGGAGCUUGCGUUUUUGACGAUGGCGCCUCGGCAGUUCAGGAGUGUUGCGUUAAGUCAGUAGGGGAUUCCAGAGAAGUUAAGUGUCCAGCAUGCAAUUCAGGGGUACUGAAAUCUGAUCUGAACGACCAUCUUGAUAUGUGUUUGGGAAGCGUCUUUGGAAAUGGAUCAGUCGAUGAUGAUGAUGGUGGUGACUGGGAUGAGAAAAAUGUGGUUGAUGGGAAACCUGGUUGUGAUAUGUGUCCUUGUCCGUGCUGUGCUUCGUUAGUAAAAUACGAUGAAAUGAAUACACAUCUCGAUCAUUGCCUUAUUGUGGCAUUGGAGUGAUUAGUAGCUUCUUUAUUGUGUGAUGGCCAUUUGGAAAUAACAGAUAAUGUUUUAUUGAUAAUUAAGAAGUGAGUAUCAGAAGUAGAAGAAUUAUGGGGACCUGUUAAUUAUUUUGUUACACUUUGAUUAAUACAUCGAUAUAUUUGUUUGUACAAUAAAAUCCUCUCGGGCUAUCAGCUGCGUCAAGCGGUUGACACAUGAAGUACCCUGAGGACGAGGACAGAGAUGGACCUCGAAACGUUGGUCUCUUUAUGUUUUAACUGCUUGACGCGGUUGAUAGCCCGAGAGGAUUUUAUUGUACACGGUCGGCAUGAAAGCUCAAGAUCAUAUAUUUGUUUGUAUUUGGAAGAAUAAAGUUGUAGGAUCCAUAGACGUCUUAAUGUAUAAUUUAUAAAAAUUAUUAGAAAUUAGCAGAAAUAUUUUUAUGUUUUACGCAGCCGAACUCAAAGUUUAGCCAUGUGUGUGUUUGUAUAUGUAAAAAAAAUGAUCAUGAUAUGCUUUUGCUGAUAGUAUGUUCGAGCUAUCAAAAUAUCUUUAGGUCUGUCCAAGUUUCAUGUUUUGAUUCUUAAUUACAAGUUUAAUUUUAUAAUUUUUACUAAUACUGAUUAUGUGCGUGUACCAUCAUUUCUUAUGUAAGAUAAAAAUUAACUGCUGUAGCAGUAGGUAGCUCGGCAGCUGACGGAGUACCGCUGACUUACUUAUUUGCAGUAGAAGACGCAACGACCGGCCAUACUGAAGGAAUAAAAAGAAAAAAAAUUGGUAACUUGGAACCAAAAACAUAAUUUAUUACUUGCAGCACUGGAAGUGCUUAUAAAAACUUAAUUAAAAUAAAAAAAAAUGUGUAAGCUGUCAUACAAUCUUUAAGUGUUUUCAACCCAGCAGAGUGUGUUUUAAAAUUGCUCCAUCUGUCUGCCUGUCAGGACAAUAACUUCAUAAUGACUAAUCUGAUUUUUAUGGACUUUUAUGUUGGAGUUCUUACAAAGAACUGUCAAGACAUUUCAAUUUUCAUUUGUAUUUGUCAAUUUUCAACAGCCAUUUUAUAUAAGAACCUGAUGGUAUUUGUUAGUAACAUAUUUAAUGGUUUUAUUAUAAUUAUAUUAGUAGCCCAUUCUUGUAGUUUCCUACUCCCGUCCCAGAAUUAUUAGACUGUGUUAUUUGGAUUUUGAUAUAAAUAAUAAAGUAAUA